AUGGAACCAAAUGGAAAACGGCACCUCCAGGUACUAGUGAUUGCUAAGUUUGCAGAUCGCCUUGGAUCAAUGAACCCACUGGCGGGGAAAAAGAAGCCCUUGAAUUUAGUGCAAAUGAAAUCUUCCAGAACUAUGCUACUUUGUAAGGCUGCCCUAUUAAGCUUUAGAUAUUACGAAGGUUCCGAUUCGCUUUGCUCGUUUUUUAUUACUUCGACAAGUCCCAAUGGUUGGGAUUUUAUAAUUUUGAUUCAAAGCACAAUUGAGCAUCAAAAGGAAGAUAGCGAUAACCACCCAUCUUCUUAUUUUUCUUCGUGGAACUCUGUUCACAAGGGAAAUGUCAAGCUUGACGAGGGAUCCAAAUGUUGCGAAUAUAAGCUCCGCUCUUCCGUUGCCGUUAGAUCGAAAAAAACUUGCGAAAAAGAGCGUGAAAACGAGGCUGCAGACUCUUCAAAUUGGAAUGCUCCUACUCUUUAUCAAUCCUUGCACUUGAAGCACAUUGGAACAUUGCUGGAAUCUUCUGAAUCAAAGCUGCGCCUUUCCAUUCUGGAUAUUCACUCCCAGGCUCCAAGUAUAGCUUUGAAAAGUGCAUUCAAGUUCCAGUCUAUCGGGCUUUCUCCCAAGGCCAUGAAUCCUGCGUGCCAGUCUGAAUUUCUUCGAAAGGUGCAAAGUCGCAAUGCUACCGAGCAGUCAUAA